AUGGGAGCAAAGUAUUCCUCAUCAAAAUGCAAACCUUCAACAAUCGAUUAUAUUCGAUCAAAAGAUGUUAAUAAACUAUCACGUCAACUUAGUAAACGAACAACAUCAUUUCGAAAUAAGAAAAAAAGUCAAAAUAAUGAAGAAAAUAAUGUUCAGUUAUUACAACUCGAUGAAGAUAAUGAUGAACAACAACGUUCAGCACUUCACUUUGCUGCAAUUGAAGGUAAUUCAACAAUUAUUGUUGCACUUUAUGAAUAUAUGCAUACAGUUGAUGUUACUGAUACAUCAGGUCGAACACCAUUACAUUAUGCAGCAAUUGUUAAUAAUGAAGAAACAUUAACAUCUUUAUUUCUUUGUAAUCCUGAUAUAGAUCGAAUGAGUUACAAUGGAACAACUCCAUUACAUGAAACAAUUAUUCAUAAUCAUUCUCGUAUUUUUACACUUUUGAUUCAACAUAAUGCUGAUAUAAAUAUAUUAUUUCAAGGUUAUCUUCCACCACUUAUUCUUGCUGUUUAUUUACAACAUCAAGAUAUUGUCGAGCUUUUUAUUCGUCUUGGUAUUAAUCUUAAUGUAGUUGAUACACAAAUAGGUCGAACAGCUUUACAUUAUGCAGCUUAUUUUCAUAACAAUGCAACUAUAUUUAAUAUAUUAUUAUCAUCAAAUGUCUAUCCUGUAAUUGAUAUAAAUAUUCAAGAUAAUAAUGGAUAUUCUGUACUUGACUAUGCUCGAGCAAAUAUACAUGGAAAUACUGAUAUGAUUGAAUUACUAUUACAAUUAAAUGUUUUUGAUCCUAAUCGUGGUGAAAUGUCAAAUGAAAAUCUUCAUAUUGAGAAACCUAAUAUAACAAUAUUUCAAUCAUCAAAUGAACUUUCAUCAUUAAAGAAAAAAAAACAGAAAAAUAAAAAGACUUAA